GUAGAGUAUUGGUCAUCUAACAUGGUCGUUCUUGUACUUUGAUAAGUAAAAAUAAAAUGUUUCUUUUUAUAUCAAUUGCUUUACUUUCGGUACUCAUAUAUCAAGUGCAAUGUGGUCCUAGGACUAAGUCUUAUUCGGAAAUAAAGCGUUGUGAUAUUGGUCAUCUGGCAGAUGAAAUAGCUUCCUACGACACUGUAGUCAAGGAUAUUAUUGACUAUGUGGUUAGCGGUCCUUUUCAAAGGAAAACGUAUGAUGAAUUGGAAAAAUUUGUUGAUAAAUUUGGCGCCCGACCCUCAGGAUCGCAAGAGCUCGAAGAUUCUAUUGAUUAUAUGAUUCAGCUAACACGAGAGGAGGAAAUAAAUGACAUCGUUACGGAAGAGCUAGAGGUACCUCAUUGGAUGAGAGGAACAGAAAAGAUUACUUUAUUAGAACCAAGAGUAAAAGAAAUCGAUUUGUUAGGUCUUGGGCGUAGUGCUACGACGCCACCUGAAGGUAUAACAGCUGAAGUAGUUGUCGUAAAAAAUUUCGAGGAGCUCUCUGAGCUAUCAAACAACGAUGUUGAGGGUAAAAUUGUUUUAUACGAUCCAAUAUUUACAACUUAUGGCGAAACUGUAGUCUAUAGAAGUCAAGGGGCAUCGAGAGCAGCAGAAAAAGGAGCUGUUGCUUCUUUAGUGAGAUCUAUUGCGCCAUUUUCUAUCAACACGCCCCACACUGGAUCACAGAAUUAUAAUGAUAACUUUAAAAAAAUUCCCGCUGCUGCUAUAUCACUUGAAGAUGCAGAUUUACUAAGAAGAUUUUAUGACCGUGGUGAAAAAAUUGUACUAAAUAUGACGAUGUUAUCAGCAUAUGAAACGAAGACUUCCAGAAAUACUAUUAUUGAUCUAAAAGGUAGAGAAGAUCCGGAAAAGUUGGUAAUUGUUUCCGGACACAUAGAUAGCUGGGAUGUAGGUCAAGGAGCCAUGGAUGACGGUGGCGGUUUAUUUGUAAGUUGGGCAGCACCAGUAAUUAUGAAAAGAUUAAAUCUAAGACCAAAAAGGACAGUCAGGUCAAUUUUCUGGACGGCUGAAGAGCUUGGGUUGAUUGGUGCCUAUGCUUACGAGGAGAAACAUAGAAAUGAAAGUCAUAACAUUAAUUUCAUAAUGGAAUCUGAUGAAGGCACUUUCACCCCACUUGGUUUGGCCGUAGCUGGUACUCAAAAAGCCCGUUGUAUUAUUGCGGAAAUUUUGAAAUUAUUUAAAUCGAUAAAUGCCUCUACAUUAGUCGAAUCUGACAGUCCCGGUUCCGAUAUAGCUGUAAUAAUUAGGAAUGGAAUUCCUGGCGCAAGUCUUCAUAAUGCAAAUGAAAGGUACUUCUGGUUCCACCACACUGAAGGAGACACAAUCAAUGUCGAAAAUCCUGAAGAAUUAGAUUUAUGUACUGCCUUCUGGACUGCCGUGACUUAUAUAAUCGCUGACAUUUCGGUUGAUAUUCCACGAUAAUUGUUACACUUUUUACUACAAACAUUCUAUUGCACAUAAAUAUUUAUGAGCUAAUAUAUUAUUAAAUUAUCAUUGAAGUAUUUAUAUUGGCAUUUAAAAAAUUAUCACAGAAUAACUUAAAUUAUAGAACAAAUGACAUUGUCAGUAAAAUAAUCGUAAAGUAAAUACUUAAUAGUUUUCAUUUUUUUAAGAAAUAUAUUCAAGAUAUUACCUACUGUCGAAUGAACACUUAAAAUGUAAUAAAGAAAGUAAGUCGAAGUUCACAGUUGUAAAAAUUAAUUUUGCGCAGUCUCGCGAUAAAUAUUCAAUGAUGUAAAUAUUUUCUGAGAUCAAAUUCAUUAAACUUAAAACAUUAUUCCGAAGUCACUACGCAGUUUGUUCUUAUAACAAUUUAUCUACCCUUAUUUAAUCAUUUAACCGACGUUGGUGAUAUCGAAUGUUAUAAUUACCUUUUUUAAAACAAACCUAUAUUGACUGUUUAAUUCAAAUAUCUAUUGAUUAGUAGUGUUGAAAUAAAAAAAUAAAAAAUAUAUAAUCUA